GAAUCCUUGAAUCGUGGUAUGAGCGAGUGAUUUGAUUGUACUUGACUCCGAGUAGACUCAUAACUGGAUCUGGAUACAUCUCCGAUCUCCGUCUCCGUCUCCGAGCCGCAUCAAAUCUUUCAAUCCAUUUUUCAGGCUCAUACCCAUCUUCUCUCCUCCAUUUAUGGCGUUCGAAUGACGGCUCCAUCCCUGAGAACCCUCGUCAAGGACUCGACUUUUGUCCGACAUUUUCACUGCUGUGGUACUAAAGUUUCUACAAUCCCAGGUCUCCAUGGCAGCUGCUCCUGUUCCAAGCUAUGCUCUGGAGGUCAGAGACAACGAACCAGACGAGAAGGACGGUUAUGGCGACAGCAAAUGCGCCUUCUUAGUGGUAGCUCUUUGCCCUUGUCUCGUUUUAUUCAUUAUCCUCCUCAUGGUCGUUUCCAUCGUUCUCGUAGUGAAGUUUCGUGCUUUCUGUCAUAUCCCUUUUCACGGUCUCUCGAGUUUGUUUUACAAGAAGAAAUGCUAGCCCUGGGCUCUAGGGUUUUUAGCACUGGGAGUUGUUCUGGGGUUUCAUACGAAUAUUCGACACACAGACACCCAAUGGAAGAAAUCGACAUUCCUAGAAGUGGUGGCGGUUUCGGCGCUAGAUCUGCGCCACCUUCGUGUUUGCGUUAUUGUCUGAAUCAUCGAUUUGAUGGUUCUAGUGGGGCUGCUCCAGUUAUUUGGCUACGCUCCUAUUCACAGCCGCUUCACUUCGUUCUACCAGAAAAAAUGAUUGUUUUGAAUUCAAAAGCUUCAAACAUUAGGUUGUUUUCUGGGGUUUCAGAUGAGGAUACAAUAAUAAAUGAAGAGGAAGGAGAUAUGGAGGAAGAUGGUGAAGGUGGGGAUAUUAGGAGUGAGGACAAGUGUUUCGAGUCCACUGCAGAUCCAAAAGAGGUGGAAAGAGUCUGCAAGGUGAUUGAAGAAUUGUUUACAUCAGACAGGAGCAUGGAAGCGGUUCUUGAUCAAUGUGGAGUUGAUAUCUCUCAUGACCUUGUUGUGGAUGUGCUGGCUCGGUUCCGGCAUGCCUGGCGUCCGGCAUUCCGAUUCUUCUGUUGGGCAGGACAGAGGCCUGGAUUUUCACAUAAUUCAAUAACGUAUAAUUCAAUGAUGGGCAUACUUGGGAAGACGAGGCAGUUUGAGAGCAUGGUGGUUAUGCUUGAAGAAAUGGGUAAACAAGGGCUUCUAACAGUAGAGACGUUCUCCAUUGCUAUCAAGGCUUUUGCUGCUGCACGGCAUAUGAAAAAAGCAGUUGGGAUUUUUGAGUUGAUGAAAAAGCAUAAGUUCAAAGCAGGUGUUGAUACAUUCAAUUGCUUGCUUGACGCCUUGGGUAGGGCAAAGCUUGGAAAGGAAGCUCAAGCUCUCUUUGAGAAGUUGAAGGAUCGGUUCCCACCAAAUUUGCAGACUUAUUCAGUUCUCCUUGCUGGAUGGUGUAAAGUGAAGAAUUUAAUGGAGGCAGGGAAAGUAUGGAAUGAGAUGAUUGAUAAGGGUCUUAAACCUGACAUUGUAGCCCAUAACAUAAUGCUUGAAGGGUUGUUGAGGGGUAAGAAGAGAUCUGAAGCAAUCAAGCUGUUUGAGAUCAUGAAGGCCAAGGGUCCUUCUCCAAAUGUCCGAAGCUAUACCAUCUUGAUAAGAGAUUUGUGCAAGGGUAGUAAGAUGGAACAAGCUGUUGAGUACUUUGAUGAGAUGCUUGAUUGUGGUUGCCAGCCAGACCCUGCUGUUUAUACAUGUUUGAUUGUGGGGUUCGGAAACCAAAAGAAGAUGGAUAAGGUGUAUGGACUGCUGAAGGAGAUGAAAGAGAAGGGAUGCCCUCCUGAUGGCCGAACUUACAAUGCCUUGAUCAAACUUAUGACCAAUAGGCAAAUGCCAGAUGAUGCAGUUAGGGUUUACAAGAAGAUGAUUGAGAGUGGUAACCAACCAACAAUCCACACUUAUAACAUGAUCAUGAAAUCCUUCUUCAUAGCAGGGAAUUAUGAGAUGGGGUGUGCUGUUUGGGAUGAGAUGAAUCAGAAGGAGUGUUGCCCUGAUGACAAUUCUUAUACUGUUUUCAUCGGGGGGCUCAUAAGACAAGGAAGACCAGAAGAGGCUUGUAAAUACAUAGAGGAGAUGAUAGAGAAAGGAAUGAAGGCUCCUCAGCUUGAUUACAAUAAGUUCGCAGCUGAUUACUCUAGAGCUGGGAAGCCUGAUAUUUUAGGGGAGCUGGCUCAGAAAAUGAAGUUCUCUGGAAAGUUUGAAGUUGCCAAUUUAUUUUCUAGGUGGUCUGAAAUGAUGAAAAAAAGGGUUAAGAGAAGAGAUCAUGGUCAAAUUGAAAAACAGUUUGUCUGAGUUCAUGAUUGGAUGUGUUUGUCUAAGUUUGUAAUUGGAGCCUAAUACUGUUUUGGCUCCUGAAUGAAGAAUGAACUACAUUCAUUACUUUCCCAUUUCCAUGCCCUUGACUAUGUUAUCCUAUUAUCCUCUGUAUAUGUUUGGCCUAUGCACAACCAUAUUUUCCUUAUGUAGUAUAUUUUGCUAAUGGUUGCAUAGAAUGUACAAACUUUUCUGGUAUUAUUCUAUUCAAAUUGUAGUGUUUGUAGUUUCUUA